CUGCGCGCUUCACUCGUGUCUGGCUCCAGCAGCCCGCACUGCCACAACAGCUGGGGAAGGAUUUCCGACCGAGGCACAACGAAGAUGGUGGCAGUGGCCGGAGUGGAACAACUACUGUCCCCCGGAUAAAAGCGAGUCUAUCCGCAAGCAAGGCUGUGGUUUUACGCGCGGGUGUUGCAGCCCAGCCUCGCCAGAGAGAGAGAAAAAGGGAGGCAACCAACGGCGGACGGAAGAGGACGCACCACAGCCAAGAGCGCACAGUGUUGUGUUUGUUGGACACAUGCACGCCAGCGAAAAAGCAGCGCUUUCCAGAGCAGAGGAACGGGCUGAGAUAAAGAUGAUAAAGAGCGGGGUUUGGUGAUCCGCGCAGAGGAGAUCCGAGGAGUUUUCCAGCGCUGCUCUCUGGAUUUUUUCCCCGUCUUUUUUGCUCUGAGGGAAUGCGAGGGGAGGAAAUCCAGCCUCAGCUCCAAAUAAGCCGAGACUCUUAACUUGGUCUCUUCUCCAAACUCAGGAAAUACGGCCUGGGAAAAAAAAAAAAAAAAAAGUUUGGGAGCUUUUGGAGACUGGGUUUCUUAAAAAAGAAAAUACUUAAAAACAAACCAACAAAACAAAAACAAAGUCAUAAUAUUUCUGUACUAGGGUCGGCGUUGAUUGCAUGGAAUAAGUUGAAGAAAAGCACUGGAAGUGCACCAAGGUUUAGUGGUGUUAUUUCUUUGCCAGAGUUUGAUCAUCACUAUUUAUAGCCCAGCCCGCUCCAGCCGGGGCUGUUCCUCAUAGCUGCAGCCUGUGUUUUGCCAACUGCGCGCAACAAGUUGCAGACACUCCCAGCAGGGGUAAAACCCACGCUAAUUUGGGGCAAGUGGAUGGAAUUUUUCUGCUCUCGUCCUUGUCGGAUCAUGCGUGUGUGGACGUCGCACAGCCCUUCCUGACUGAGCCCCUCUUUGGAGAGCAGGGGGGACAUUAACGGUGCAGAUCCGGGGGAGGGAGUUCAGGAAAGGACGGGGCUGCAUCCGUGGGAAUAGGCCUGCCCUGUCAGGCCUAUUCCUAUCAUUUGGGUUUGGGGUUUCCAAAAUAACUCGAUCUCCAAUGUUUUGCAAAGGCCCACCGGAAUAAAGAUGGAAGGAGAAUACAUGGGAAUAAGGAGUGGAAACCCUUUGCGCGCUGAGCCACGCACGAGAAUGGAUGUAGUGGGAGGUAAAGCCGAUUUAAUAACACAUCACUUUUUUAAUUAACUCAAUGAACAGUUUCAGACUGCCAUUUAUUUUUAUGUAAGACAUUACUGUGUGUUAAGAUCGCUGCUCUAGAUAAAACUGCCAUCACAUUUUUUUUAGUGUUUGUCUGUUAAGUUAUCGGCCACUUUACAACGCGUGUCAUCUAUAUGGCCCAUAUUUUUUUAAAUGAUAGAGUAAAUAAAACCCACUCAUUUUUAUUUUUGAACACCGUUAAAGGCCGUUAAGGACGACAGGGGGGAGAGCGUGUAAAUGGGUCAUUUAUGGAGUUAAUAAGGAGGCUGUAACUUCAGCAUCCUCACUAAACCCGCACAUCCUUAUACUGGCGAACCGGGGGAUGAAUACACGGGAUUUUCUCUGAUCUCAACUCCUGUAAUGCCAGGAUUAUCGGGAUAUCACGCACGCUGCGGUGAGGUAAUUUCCAGCCGUGUAACGUCGGGGCUGACUUGAUGGAGAAAAGCCGUUUGCAUCAGUGAUGAGAGAUGUUGAGAGCAGCAGGCAGGAAGGUUGAUGCCAGUGUUGCUGGAGAGUAAACGCCGGGCUCCAUCAGCCCGCGGCCCGUGAGGACAGGGAUGCUCGUGAUGUGAUGCUGACGCAGAUCCAGGCUGGAUGAUGAUGCUGUGGCUCAAGACUCUGGAACGGUGCGUCUUGUGUGAGUGAGUGAGUGAGUGAGUGAGUGAGUGAGUGCAGGCUGCUGCGUGUGCACCGUGAUCUCCGUCCGGCAGCGUGACUGCUCCAACCUGCAGCCCCCCCUCGCCCUCUGUGACCUCCUCCCUGCUCUCCUUUGCACACGUCUAACUGCAGGAGACGGUGAGACCCGCACCUGUACCCCCCCAUCUCCCCCAUCUCCCCCAUCUCCCCCAUCUCCCCCCCACACACCAACAUGGCCACCCUGCAGCAUCACCGGCAGCUCCUCCUGCACGGCACGGAGGUGAGCUGCGACUCCGGGGAGGGAGCCGUGACCGUGCGCAUCACCAACAACACGCGGCAGCACGACACGCUGCGAGCUGCAGUACGAGGAGGAGGAGGAGGAGGGGGAGGUGGGGGCUUCGGGGGUGCCAACAGAGUGAACCCCAACCUUCACAAGUACAGCAUCUCGUCCAGCUGCAGCUCGGCCGACUCCAGGCCGGCGGCGACCUCCACCUCCUCCAGGGUGCAGGUGAGAGCGCCGCCUCUGUUCGAGCGCUCCGCGGCUCAGUGCUGGGACCCCAAGUUUGACUCUGCCGUCCUGGAGGAGGCCUGCCAGGAGAGGUGUUUCCCUCACACGCAGCAGCGCUUCCGUUACGUCCUGUUCUACCUGGCGGUGGCGGCCGUGCUCUGGGGCGUGUACUUCGGGGUCAACGGCGAUCGCUGCUGCCCCAUGACCUUCCUGGUCCCCACCGCCUCCUUUCUGGCCUUACUAGUGCUCCUCUUCAUGUUCACCUUCACCCAGCCGUACACGUGGCUGUACAACCAGACCUCCUUGCUCCUGAUAGCAGUCACCUUUGCAGUCACGUUAGCUCCACAGAUCCAGACUGCUGGCUACUCUCAGCUGGACUGGGCCGGUCGUCGGAACACCUCCUAUGUGUCCCGGGAUCAAGUGACCUGCAUCUCUCCCGUGGGAACGUUUUCCUUGUGCAUGGAGGUUCUGUUGUUGCUAUAUAGCGUCCUCCAUGUCCGUCUGUAUGCCUCGGUGAUGCUAGGUCUUCUCUAUUCUAUAUUAUUCGAGGCACUGGGAUGGCUGCCGUUGCUUCACGACACUGCUACACACGAUUCUGAAUGGGAAAGAGACACACUCCGAUGGCUGGGCCCGGCCAAAGGAUUGCUCCACCUGUGUGCCCACGUCAUUGGCAUCCACCUGUUCAUCAUGUCGGAGGUGCGUUCCCGUAGCACGUUUCUCAAAGUGGGCCAGGCCAUUAUGCACGGCAAAGACUUGGAGGUGGAGAAGGCCUUGAAGGAGCGAAUGAUCCACUCGGUCAUGCCGAGACGAGUCGCGGAUGAACUGAUGAAGCAAGGUGAUGACGAGGGCGGCGGUGAGAACUCCGGCAAGCGGUACUCGUCUGGUGCCUGCUCCGCCUCGGCCGUCGCAGUGGGUGGUGGUGGAGGUGGCGGAGCGUCGCAAGCUCAAAGUGUUAUAGGCUCCAAGAAUAACCAUCACAACAAACGCAAGAAGACCUCCAUCCCCCGAGGGCAGAUCAUAUUCAGACCCUUCAACAUGAAGCGCAUGGAGCCCGUCAGCAUCCUCUUUGCAGACAUUGUGGGCUUCACCAAAAUGUCUGCCAAUAAAUCCGCCCCGGCUUUGGUGGGCCUUCUCAACGACCUGUUUGGACGUUUUGACAGACUCUGCGAACUCACGUGUUGCGAGAAGAUAAGCACCCUGGGGGAUUGCUACUACUGCGUAGCCGGCUGCCCCGAGCCCAGGCCGGACCACGCGUACUGCUGCGUGGAGAUGGGCUUGGGCAUGAUCCAGGCCAUUGAGCAGUUCUGCCAGGAGAUGUCCGAGACUGUCAGUAUGCGCGUCGGCGUUCAUACCGGCACCGUCCUGUGUGGGAUCCUGGGAAUGAAGCGCUUCAAGUUCGAUGUUUGGUCUAACGAUGUCAAUCUGGCAAACUUGAUGGAGCAGCUUGGUGUGGCAGGCAAGGUCCACCUGUCGGAAGCCACUUCUCGGUUCCUGGAUGAGCGUUACCAGAGGGAGGACGGCCGCGUGGCAGAGAGAGCUGGCCAGAGUGUGAUGGAGAAACUGAAAGGGAUAAAAACGUACCUGAUCUCAGGAAGGAAGUUGGAUCACGAUGUGCAGUGUGGCUGCUCUCAUGUGGGAUUACCAGGUGGGGGUUUUGUUGGGGUCAGCCUGUCUUCCUGCCCUCAGCCUUGCACUCCAGACCUCAUUCCUGGAGGGGCACAGGCUGCUGAGUCCCUGCUGCCCCAUCAACAACCAGAAAGGACCGGGCCUCCCUGUGUGCUGCAUGGUACGUUGCGGGCCCCUGUGGCAGAGCACGGGGACGAUGUGACGGUGCUGAAUGGAUGCCAGGAAGAGCACAAGACCAGCAGUGCCAAGUAUAUUCCAAGUCACAGCCCGAGGGCGGCCAACGGCCUCCUGAGUCCCCCGCUGGAGGACCCGGUCUGCGCCAGCCAGAGUUCACUGUGUGACAUCCUCCAGGAGAAAGAAAAGAAGACCAGCACGAGCACGGGAACCGGCACCAGCCUUGGCAUGGCUGGAGGCCCGGGUGCGACGGGUACGGGCAUGGACCACUCCGCCCUCAUCCAGCUGCGUGCCAAGAACUUCAAACAGAAGAGCGACGCCCACUUUGUGGAUGUUAUCAGGGAGGAUAGUCUCAUGAAGGACUACUUUUUCAAACCACCUAUCAACAAGAUCAGCCUUAACUUCCUGGAGAAUACUCUGGAAAAGGCCUAUCGCAGCAGCUACAAGGAGGAGGUGAAAAACCAGGUUCAGGUGCAGACAUUUGCAAGUUCCACCUUCAGCUCCUUCCUGGAUGUUCUCCUCAGCUUUUUCGUCUUCCUGGCCUUGACCCUGGCCUGCUUCCUUCCGUCUCUGGUGAACCCGGCCGACGUGGGCUCUCCGGCGCCUGCUGCCCUGGUCCUGGCCCCCCUGGCCGGCCUGCUGGAGCUGGCCUCCCUGGUGCUCUCCAUACGCAUGACCUUCUACAUAAAGGAGCUGAUGAGCUGUACCCGCACCCUGCUCCUGGUGGUCUCUGGCUGGGUCUCUCGUCACGUGAUCGGGGCCGUGUUGGUGUCCCUUCCUGCCAUCUGUGUCUUGGCCCAUCUAACGCGAAGCACCCCCCUUCCUCUCCAGGUGACCAUGUUCCUGUGCUGUGCCACCAUCCUGGCUAUCAUUCAAUAUUGUAACUUCUGCCAGCUGAGUUUUUGGAUGCGUUCAGUUUUGGCCACGACUACAGGGGUCGCUCUGCUGCUAUUGUUGUACAGUCCCUUGCUAAGCUCAAGUAAUAACAGUGUGCCAGCUCAUGGACUCAACGUUUCCACACCAGGCAAUGAUGGUUCAGGACCCGGCACGGAUCUUCCUCAGCAUCUCUUUACUUUGUUGGUCCCAGAGGCCAUCCUGGCCUUCUUCUUGAUUCUCCUGCUGGUCUGGUUUCUCAAUCGGGAGUUUGAGGUCAGCUAUCGUCUCCAUUACCAUGGCAAUGUGGAGGCUGACAAGCACCGCUACAAGAUCCAGACGAUGCGAGACCAGGCGGAGUGGCUCCUGGGCAACAUAAUCCCCAUCCAUGUUGCUGACCAGCUCAAGCUGACCCAGAGCUACUCAAAGAACCACGACAGUGUGGGUGUGAUCUUUGCCAGCAUCGUUAACUUCAGUGAGUUUUAUGAAGAGAGCUACGAAGGAGGGAAAGAAUGCUAUCGUGUCCUGAAUGAGCUAAUUGGAGACUUUGACGAUCUCCUCCGGAAACCUGAAUUCAAAAGCGUGGAAAAAAUCAAGACAAUUGGCUCAACCUACAUGGCAGCAUCAGGACUGAACGUCCAGCAGCUGGCUGAGGAGGAUGAUGAUUCCCCGCAUGCUCACCUGAGGGCACUUUUCAACUUUGCCCUGGAGAUGAUGGGCGUCCUGGAUGAUUUCAACAAGAACAUGCUGGGCUUCGGCUUCAAGCUGCGUAUUGGAUUUAACCACGGGCCCCUGACAGCGGGGGUGAUUGGCACCACUAAGCUGCUCUACGACAUCUGGGGGGACACGGUCAACAUUGCCAGCCGUAUGGACUCAACCGGCAUGGAGUGUCGGGUGCAGGUGAGCGAGGAAAGCCAUGCUGUGCUCAGUGCCAUGGGUUUGGAGUUUGACUACAGAGGCACAGUGAAUGUUAAGGGUAAAGGCCAAAUGAGGACCUUUCUUUACCCCAAAAGUGGGACAGGUGCAAGCCAAGAUGGGACGGAGCUGGCAGCUGGAGUUGGACCUUUAUCCAUGGCAUCACCUGCCGAUAAGACUUCAGUAUCUGUUGCCCAGGCAGUGGCUCCUCCUCCUUCUUCCACUCCUCCAUCCACCUCUCUUUCCACAUUCUCCCCUCAACCCCAAAGCACUGUGAGGCCCCCGGGGGCGGGGCCUGAACCUGUCCCAGCCAAGUGCACGGACGUAACAGAUGAAGGAUAUAGGGACGCUGCAUCCUUACCUGGACAGUCCCCUGACACAGACGUUCACGCUGCUCUUCACUCUGAGCCAGGCCCACAAGCCAGCGCUGCGCAAACUCCCGCCCCGGUGCAGCCUGCUCCUCUCGCACUUCAAGAGGACGGGGAUCAAGAGGAAGAGGCCAAUGAGCUUUCAAGACUUAAUGAGGAGUUUUAUGCUCGUCUCUGAUCCCUCACGUCCUCCUCCACCCUCUGUCCUCAGCUGUCGGCUCUCCAGGACUGAUUGCAGAUGUGGGCACCAUAUCCUUUACUUUUAGUAAAAUGUAUUUGGGGCGUAAGCAGGAGCUGGUCACUUCAGUGGCUUUGAAAUGGCUACUGGCGUAUUUCACGGAGGUGUUGGUUGAGUGUCGGCGUGGCAUACACCUGUGCUGAGCACAGCAGUUUAAAAUGGAGAAAAGGAUUAAAAGAGGGAAUAUUUGUUGGUGUUGUUGUUCAUGUGUUUUCUAAAUAAUUUUGUUAUUAAGUGCCUUCAGGACUACAACAGUGAACAAAUAUGAAUACUGAACAAGUUUGAACAAUCGUAAACUACAGAAGAUGCUGUGGUUUCUUACCCUAUGCUUCUAUUUUGAAUGAAAGUAUUUCUUUAUGAAUCAUAACUGUUGUGCCAUGUCAAUUGUUUUAACUUGAUCAAAGUCUUGAUGUUACUUUAGGGAAGAUCUAGAUUUGUUAUAUAUAUAUAUAUAUAUAAAUAUAUAUAUAUAUAUAUAUAUAUAUAUAUAUAUAUAUAUGUAUAUAUAUAUAUAUAUAUAUAUAUAUAUAUAUAUAUAUAUAUAUAUAUAUAUAUAUAUAUAUAUAUGUAUAUAUAUAUAUAUAUGUAUAUGUAUGUGUAUGUCUAAAUAGUGCCAGUGCAGUAUGAUGGGCUGAGCAGGAAUUUAUGGAAAAUAAAUAAAUAAGGGAAUCACAUAAGGCAAUGUUAAUUUAUGUAUCCUGCUUUGACGUGAGGGCUUAAAAACAGUAUUCAUUUGUACCAGAAUUUCACUUUCAAAGGGACAUGCUACAAAAUAGGCUGCAUAGAUUUAGUUUUCAUAGCAGCUAAAUGCACAUUUUAAGCACAGCUCUUGCACAGUGUUUUUUUCGACCACUUGUAUUGAUAGUUAUUACCGUCUUAAUGGUUUAUAAGAAAAGUUAACACAAGUUCUUGCAAUCCAAAGUGCAAAAUCUAAAUCAGAUAAGGGAAUAUGAAUCUGGAGGAUAAAAAUAAGACCAUCAAUAAAGCAGAAAGGCACUUUAAAUAUACUUUAAGUAGAACCAAGAUCUUUUGAGUAUGUGACGUUUACUUCUGAAAGAUGUGGGGAGGCAAGUUUUCAAAACGUUUAGGUUAGGCAGAAAAUUGUGGUCCCAAACUACAAACCUACUUUAUCUAACAUUGUUGUAAGCUGGGUAAAUGCACUGCAAUAAUAAUUUUAAAAAUAUUAACCAACAUUGUAUUAGUCCACCAUGUGACAAUCCAUUUUGCUCCCCAGAAAUCCAAAUAGUUUGCAAAUGUCUCAUGUUAAUUAAAAAAAGGGAGUUUGAUAUCAUAAGGGCUGCAACAUCAGACAGCAGGGAAAUAGUUGGACAUAUAGAGAUGGGACAUAACAUCACAUGGGUCACACGUUAACCUUUAAAUCAGCGCAAUACCAUCUCUUUCUACAAUUCAAGAGGCAAUAAUAGACUUGGUGUACUUAAGGUGGAAGGAACACGUGACCCGACUCUGCAUUUGUAAUAGAUUUUUUACAACUAUUGGUUAUCGAAUAAUAAAGCUGUUGAUAAAAGGCCACGUCAGAAUGUGGAAAUACAAGCACUGCUGGGCAUUAGACAGUAUUAAUUGCUGGUCGAUGUCUUUUCAUUAAUUAUAAUGACAAAGACAGUACCAUUAAAUGCUGAAGUGGGGUGAGAGUUUGAUACUCAAAUGAUUUUGUUUUAACUUUAAGUGAGUCUGUGUAGUUCUUACCAAAAGGGGGGGGGGGGGGGUCCACAUGCAGUGGCUUCAGUAUAAAAGCACAGAUCAACUAUAGUUUCCACAUUACUGCAUGAAAAAGCUCCGUCAUUUCAUUAAUGUUCCAGGGAGAAGAAUAUUGAUCAAUAAAUAAAUAAAUAAAACAGUCAAUUUGCUAUAAAUGUAUUCAAAUGCUUCGUGUUAUCUGCCUCUAGCUGUGUGAUUUGCUGUCGAAGGGUUUGAACUUUUCACCGUCUCUUCCCGAAGAGAAGCCCUCUACUGUAUCAUUAUCAUGCCACUUUAAUUGAGUGAUUUAUAGGUGUAGUACAACCUGAACUAGCUGAUUGUUUUGUGGUGCCUAAAAUUAUGACUUUUUUUUUUUUUUUACUUAGGUUUUUUUCUCAUGCUGUUGUCAUAAUGAGGAUAUAUCAUGAAUGUAUGUUUGAGAGAAUGAUGCUCCUGCAUUGUUGGCUACGAUUUCUAUUUGACAGAUUCCAUCUACAGUUUUUUCUUCUGUGCUUCUUCCCAGCGUCUGAAACAACGUGAUAACAUUCACGUUGUACAACUUCCCUUGAUCUUUUGCCCACUUGAUGUUUUGUUUUCUCCUGAAAGCACAUGUUUCUUGCUUGUGCACUGUGUUUAUGUAUACUGUAUGUCUGCAGGAGAGUUCUUACUUUUACUAAAAAGAAAAAAAAAUUACAUCAGAGAAGAUGCAAAAGGGAAUUACUCAGCCUGGUUACUCGUUAGCGCUUAUUUUGAUAAUACUGCCUCAUUUUUGCAUUUUGAAAUGGAAAAAGAAAAUAUCUGACUUUUCGUAUCCGUCAACUAUAAUUCACCCCCACAUAUUUUGGAAAGGUGUCGACCUUUGGGUCAGACUAUCAUUUCUUGAUAAAUAUGGCCACAAGUAAAUAUAAAGGAAUGGCAAGAGGAAUGGGUAACCAUUUAUCACUAUUUAUCAAGCUGCCUCAUCUAUACCAUUAAAUCAUUUUUGUUUUGUUUUCUUCUGCCACUGUGCAUUCCAAACAUUCACACCCAGUGCCUUUUUAUUUGGAAUUUAUUUAAUCAGUGUGUCUCAGCUGUGAUUAUUGUAACAAGUAAUGUCACUCUUGUAGCAAAAAAGAAACACAAAAAUCCAAAGAAGUGUCUCCAGCAGCUUUCGUAGUUUGAGAGACAGAAUUUGUUGAGCAAGACUUUCUUUGCUGGCCAAACCAUUACCUCUGAAAUGUUUUGUUGUACUUUUGAAAUGCACAUUUUCAGCUGUCAUGUGUUCGCCAGACCUAAGGAACCAUAGCACACAAACUUAAGAGAAAAACAUACGAAUGUCAGUUACCGCUCUGCCUUAUGUUGUUGGAUAAUUCAAUGGGAGUUUAAGGCCAUGUGGCUGCACAACUUUGACGGAGAUUACCGAUAGUACAUCUGAGGUAUUGUUGGAACUCUAGAGACUAAAAGGCACACAACCUCUCCAGUAGCACACAUUUGUACACAUGGAUAAAUAAAAAUUUAAAGAUGACACUGCUGGCUCUGUGAUCUGUGAUACAGUAGGGGGGAGAUGUUUAUGCGGUCUCUUCUGGAUGUGAGCUGUUGGCUCUUUUUUUCCAGGACACUCAUCUUUUUUUCUUUUUGGAUUCCACACUAUAUUAAUUAUUAUUUUAUUUAAUUUCCAUAUCAUUCUCCCUAUAUUUAUCCUGAACAUGAAACAGGUUCCCCAAUAUGAGGGCAAUUCAAAUCGCCAUGCUUCGGUUGCUUGUUUAAGAUGAUAAGCACCACUAUAUCAACUGAUAUAUGUGUAUGACGAGAUUUGUUUCUGUUCUGGUGGAUGGAAUGUGUCUUUGGAGGGGAGUGCUCGACUUACAAAAAGCUGGAAAAACAGCAACGUGAAUCAACAAUAUGUUUUAUUGAUCUCGAUUGUUAAAGCAAUGUUUUGUGACAGAAAAAUAAGAUAAACACAAAGGACAUAUUGUCAGAACUUGUUCAAAUUAUUACAGUAAAAUUAAAUCACAUAAUCACUCAUUUAAAUGGUGACAGCUCCACAACUUUUCAUGUCGUUUUCAAGUAAAAUCCACCCAUAUAUGAUUUUGAUUACACUGUGCAAAAGUUAACGUUGUUUGCUAUGAAAUGUUAAUUGCUUUAUGUUCAUGAAUCAGAUGUAUAAUGUAUGUUUUGUGCACAUUAUCCAUGUAUCAUUUAUCAACACACAAUCAUAAUCUGUACACAUUUGCACAAAGCACUCAAUGUUUGUACAUAUGCAGUUACUUUGUCACAUAUUUUUUUAUACAUGUGCAUGUGUCAGAUUUUGCCAGAAAAAAAAUGAAACAGAGACCUGUAUUGUCAGAUUGAUUUAAUGUGUGUCUAUUUGAGUGUGAAUUAUGAUUUUAUUCCCCUUUUUUUCAGUAUGGAAAAAAAUAAAUCUUCAAGCAAACGA